UAGGAAGUGACGAUUGAGGAUGCAAUUGGAUUCGGAUUGUGUUGUUUUUGAGAGAACGAUGGAAGAUGAUGGAGAUUUUUUGGGAAAGAAAGUCACCGUUGGAGUAUGUGUAAUGGAAAAGAAGGUGAAGAGUAGUCCCGAGAUGUUCUCUGCACCAAUGAAACAGAUUCUUGAUAGAUUACAGGCAUUCGGAGAAUUUGAGAUUAUUCAUUUUGGAGACAAGGUCAUUCUUGAAGAGCCAGUUGAAAGAUGGCCCAUAUGUGAUUGCUUGAUUGCCUUCCACUCCAAUGGCUAUCCUCUUGAGAAGGCUGAGGCAUAUGCGGCCUUAAGGAAGCCUUUUCUUGUUAAUGAACUGGAGCCACAACACCUUCUUCAUGACAGAAGGAAGGUAUACGAGCGCCUUGAAAUGUAUGGAAUUCCCGUUCCAAGAUAUGCCCUUGUAAAUAGAGAAAAGCCUUAUCAAGACCUAGACUAUUUUGUUGAGGAAGAAGAUUUUGUUGAGGUUCACAAUGAGCGAUUUUGGAAACCAUUUGUGGAGAAGCCUGUUGAUGGAGAUAAUCAUAGUAUAAUGAUAUAUUACCCCAGCUCAGCAGGAGGAGGAAUGAAGGAAUUAUUUAGAAAGGUUGGCAAUCGAUCCAGUGAUUUUCAUCCUGAGGUUAGAAGAGUGAGACGUGAGGGCUCUUACAUUUAUGAGGAAUUUAUGCCAACUGGAGGGACAGAUGUCAAGGUAUACACAGUUGGUCCAGAAUAUGCGCAUGCUGAGGCAAGGAAGUCUCCUGUUGUUGAUGGUGUCGUCAUGAGAAAUCCUGAUGGCAAAGAAGUGCGAUAUCCUGUCUUAUUGACACCUAUGGAAAAACAAAUGGCGAGAGAAGUCUGCAUUGCAUUCAGACAAUCGGUCUGUGGAUUUGAUCUUUUGCGUUGUGAGGGGCGCUCCUAUGUUUGUGAUGUGAACGGGUGGAGCUUUGUGAAAAACUCCUACAAGUAUUACGAUGAUGCUGCUUGUGUUCUUAGGAAGAUGUUUUUAGAUGCCAAAGCUCCUCAUCUUUCUUCAGUAAUUCCACCAACUUUACCAUGGAAAAGUAAUGAACCAAGCCAGGCUUCUGAGGGUUUAACUCGUCAAGGGAGUGGAAUCAUUGGCACAUUUGGGCAGUCUGAGGAGUUACGAUGUGUGAUUGCUAUCAUUCGUCAUGGUGAUAGAACUCCCAAACAAAAGGUGAAGCUGAAAGUGACUGAGGAAAAGCUUCUAAACUUGAUGUUAAAGUACAAUGGAGGACGCCCUAGAUCUGAAACAAAACUGAAAAGUGCUAUCCAGUUGCAAGAUCUGCUAGAUGCCACUCGAAUGCUUGUACCUCGUAUCAGGCCUGGUCGAGAGAGUGACAGUGAAGCAGAAGAUUUUGAGCAUGCUGAAAAACUUCGCCAAGUUAAAGCUGUCCUUGAAGAGGGUGGACAUUUCUCUGGAAUUUAUAGAAAGGUUCAAUUAAAGCCACUAAAGUGGGUUAAAGUAGCAAAAGCUAAUGGUGAAGGCGAGGAGGAGCGGCCAGUUGAGGCUUUAAUGGUUCUUAAAUAUGGAGGUGUCCUGACACAUGCAGGCAGGAAGCAGGCUGAAGAACUUGGUAGAUAUUUCCGAAACAACAUGUAUCCAGGUGAAGGAACUGGUCUGCUUCGCCUUCAUAGUACGUAUCGUCAUGAUCUAAAAAUCUACAGUUCUGAUGAGGGUCGUGUGCAGAUGUCUGCAGCUGCAUUCGCAAAAGGUCUGCUUGAUUUAGAGGGUCAAUUAACACCAAUCCUGGUCUCCCUCGUAAGCAAGGACUCAUCUAUGUUGGACGGACUUGACAAUGCCAGUGUUGAGAUAAAAGAGGCCAAGGCAAGGUUAAACGAGAUCAUCACUUCUAAUGUUAAGACAGCAACAGCUCACAGCAAUGGAUCACCUUCAUGGAUGGCUGAUGGAGCUGGACUGCCAUUCAAUGCUUUUGAACUUCUACCAAAAUUGGUAGAAUUGACUAAGAUGGUUACAGAACAAGUAAGGUUGCUAGCUAAGGAUGAAGAUGAAGAACUUACUGAGUCUAGUGCUUAUGAUGUGAUUCCCCCUUACGACCAAGCAAAGGCCCUUGGAAAGACAAAUAUUGAUAUUGACCGCAUUGCUGCUGGAUUACCAUGUGGUAGCGAAGGAUUUCUUUUGAUGUAUGCUCGCUGGAGAAAGCUUGAAAGAGACUUGUACAACGAACGUAAAGUGCGGUUUGAUAUUACACAAAUUCCUGAUGUCUAUGAUUCCUGCAAAUAUGAUCUUCUGCACAAUGCUCAUCUUAAUCUAGACGGGUUGGAUGAGCUCUUCAAAGUUGCUCAGCAACUCGCGGACGGUGUAAUUCCAAAUGAAUAUGGAAUCAAUCCAAAGCAGAAGCUGAAGAUUGGCUCAAAGAUUGCUCGCCGUCUGCUGGGUAAAAUGUUGAUUGAUCUGAGGAAUACUCGUGAAGAAGCAAUAAGUGUUGCUGAGUUGAAGUGUAGCCAGGAACAAGAUUCAAGACUUGAUACUGAGAAGGAAGAUGCAGAAUACCAAUCCAUGUUCAAUAUUAAGAAUGAUGACAUGAAAAAAUUAAGCACCAAUAGCGAAAUGCUAAAGGUUAAAAUUAAGAAUGAUGACAUGAGACGAACUAGCACUACUACAAGUGAAAUAUCACUGGAUCAGGAUGAAGAUGAUGAUAAGGAACCCAAAUACCGUUUGGAUCCAAAGUAUGCAAAUGUCAAGACACCUGAACGGCAUGUGCGCACACGCCUAUAUUUUACAUCAGAAUCACAUAUCCAUUCUCUGAUGAAUGUUCUCCGUUACUGCAAUUUGGAUGAAUCUCUUCUAGAAGAGGAAAGCCUUGUUUGUCACAAUGCUUUGGAGCGCUUACAUAAUACUAAGGAGCUUGACUACAUGAGUUACAUCGUACUGAGGAUGUUUGAGAACACAGAGGUAGCUUUAGAAGACCCGAAAAGGUACCGUAUUGAGAUGACCUUUAGUCGAGGCGCAGAUUUAUCCCCCUUGGAGAAAAACGACAGUGAAGCAGCUUCAUUGCAUCAAGAACACACACUACCAAUAAUGGGUCCAGAGAGGCUGCAAGAGGUGGGAUCUUAUCUGACAUUAGAGACAUUGGAGAAAAUGGUUCGUCCAUUUGCAAUGCCAGCUGAAGACUUUCCACCACCAUCAACCCCAGCUGGCUUCUCUGGCUACUUUUCAAAGAGUGCAGCAGUCCUGGAGAGACUGGUAAAUCUCUGGCCUUUCCAUAAGAAUGUUAAUACCAGUGGAAAGUAACAAGGCUUCUUCUCCCUUUUCAAUUUUCAAAGACCAACUUAUCUUCAUCUUUUCAUUCUCGUAAUUUGAAAUAUUCCGAUUCUUUAAACAAUUCGAAGUUGGUAAUUUUGAGUCUCUUCUGAGAAAAUUACCUGAAGAGACUCUUACUAAUAUCACUGGCAGAACGAACAUCGUGGGAAGUUACCAUGGUGAUCGGAACUGAGUUAGUUUUGUGGUUUGGAAUUUCUUCAUUAUAUUGUCGUGAAUAUAUCAAUUUUUGUCAGUUGUUGACUUCACAA